AUGGCCACGCCGGCAAGGCCGCAGAGCAUCAACGGCCCCACGCGAACCUUGGACGUUGACGUUGGAGGAAUGGCAUCACUCGUCUCAGGCGAUCUCACCUUUGGAAGAGGACCUCAAAGAGGAGAUACGAGAACUGUGGUUAUCAUGUACGGCCAGGGGCAAGACAAGAUUGUGGCGGUAUUUGCCGAAGUCUUGGGGAAACCCUACCGCCUAAACAACAGCUUCACAGAGGCGAGUCGAGAGGACCAGGGUCUGGUUGUCGGUGUCUUCGCAACAGGAGCAAAGGCUGAUAUCGCGAUACGAAACACGGCAUCCGUUGUUGCCAUCAACGCGCACUGCGUCAAUCUCGGCAUGCCCCCUGACGUCUACCUCUCGGAACACUGCGACUACGAGUUUCUCUAUACAGAUGCGCCCUUUUUUCGGCGGGAUUUAUCCCGAUUCAUCUCACACACGCUCGGACAGUUGAAUCACCACGAGACUCUGAUGGCAAAACCGAGGACCUACUUCAUAUCAACGACAUUCCCAGAUGUCCACGCCGCGCUUCCAAACAUAGACAUCUUGACUGUGGGGUCAGAUGCCGUCGAACUCAGGGUUGACCUUCUCAAGGAGCCGCUUAGCGACGGAACAUUCUCUGCAAUCCCCAGCCUCAGCUACGUCGGUGAGCAGGUGAUGCUACUCCGCCAGAGAACCGAGUUGCCCAUCAUUUUCACGACAAGGUGUACCAAGGAGAACGGCCGGUUUCCCAUGGACAACCUGGAUUUGUACUACGAGUAUCUCUAUCGCGCCAUCCAGUGGGGUGUUGAGUACAUCGACGUUGAGCUUUGGCUCCCCGAGACGAUUAGGCGGAAGCUCUACGAGAAGCGAGGCAACAGCCGGAUCAUGUCUGCUUUUCACGACUUCUCCGGCAACUUCAAGUGGCCGUCAAAACAGGCCGAGUCCGUUUUUCUGGAAUCCAGGCGCUACGCAGACAUUGUGAAGAUGAUUGCGAUAAUCAAAGACCACAACGAGAAUUUCGAGUUGGAGUACUUUCGGUCCAGCAUGAGGGCUCAGUACCCCGACUCGCCUCCGCUAUCAGCUGUAAACAUGGGCGAGACGGGGCAGUUCUCCCGGACCCUCAACCGAGUCUUUACACCAAUCACACAUCCACUCUUACCUAUCAUUGCAGCACCGGGCCAGAUGAGCGCAUCCGAGAUUAACCAGGCGUUGGCGUUGCUGGGGCAGCUGCCCAAGAAGAAUAUUUACGGCAUCGGCAGCCCUUCAACCCGAAGCGCUACGCCUCAGGCACCAUUCUACGAGAAAUGUUUCAACGAGUUAGGCUUGCCACAUCACUUCUCUAUGGUUGAGCGGCAGCUUAAGGGGCCAAGCUUCAUAGAGAUGUGGUGCAACCAGAAGGAUUUUGGCGGUGCUUAUCUCAACCCGGCCGUCUCGUUCGCGAGCCUCAUGGCAAGCAGCAGCCUUUUGACAACUCCUAACUCUGGCGCGGGGCCGGUUCUCAGCGAAGCGGCCCAGCUGAUUGGUAUGGUUGAUACGAUCAUAUUGCGGCCGAGCUCUACUGGAUCCUCGUCUUCGGCGCCGGCAUCGAUGCCGUCAAGCCCUUCUCGUCACGAGAAUGGAGACUCGUUUGGUCCUCUUGCCUCGGCACAAACCGGCCUUCCACCGAACACGUCUCUCGUAUUUGAAAACGCGUCGUGGAAGGGAAUUCUAAGCACAUUAACCAGAGACCUUGCCCCCUCGGCCUAUUUUGGGCGCGCUGCCGUCGUUCUAGCAUCGUCGGGUGAUGACGCGGCCAGCGCCAUCUUUGCCCUCAAAGCUCUCAAGGUUGGGAAGGUGUACACAGUUGGCUUCAAAGUCCCGCCAGCACUUGCGAGAGAUCUUCUCAUUGAGCCAUUUAAUAGCCUCGAGAGCCUUCAGAGAGCGCGCAUGGUCAGCUCAAAUGGUGCAGGUUCGGGGGCAGGCUCGCCAUUUGUGGUUGUAAGCGCUCUUGGGCCGGAAAAGAGCACUCUAGUCAGCAUGCUGGUUCGGGUUUUUGGAUCCCGAGGAUCUGGAAACUCUCGCAAAGUUUUCCUCGACCUCGCAGACGGCUCGGUCCCUCGCAAGGGAGAUCCCGGUCUAAUUGCGCAGCAGAGCGGCUUUGCUGCGUACGGUUCCGCAGAUGUCACGGCGUUCACUACCGUCGAGACUCUCCGGCUUCUAGUCGGCCAGAAUAUGAACCUCGACCCGGCACCUGAUCUCCAUCUGGAAGUCCCCACGCGGAUGGACGACGUGCCGUUUAACAGUAGCGAGUGGCGCUGGGCCAACUACCGGAGCUAA